AUGCCGCCACCCUUCAGCACGAAUACAGCGCCGAAACUCAAGUACAGCCUGAUCAUAAGACAGCAACCCGCAGCUGCUCGAGCCUGUGGCUUUGGCGAACGCGAUCGUAGAGUGAUCGAUCCACCGCCAAUUCUCGAACUUAAGAUCACGGACCCGGAGACUGGUGCGCCGAAGGACGACCAUCCCGCAAUGCUGGCCUUGUCGUGCACACUCAUGACACCUGAUGGCAAGCGGGAUGAUACUGAAGUUCCAGGCUCGGAGCCCUACACGCAAGCAACACGCAGACUCAUGGGCACGCUGGUCGCCUCCCCGUACCAAGCCAAGGACGAGCACGGUGUGGCUGGCACAUUCUUCGUAUUUCCAGAUCUGAGCUGCCGGUCACCUGGCAAGUAUAGACUGCGGUGGAAGCUCAUUCGCAUCGAUCCGACCAACAUGUUCCCAGGCCAGUCGUCUCCAGCUGUUGCAAACAUCAUGAGUGACGUCUUUGCUGUAUUCACCGCGAAGGACUUUCCAGGUAUGCGGGCCAGUAGUGCUCUGCUCAAAGCACUUAGGAGGCAAGGCUUGAAUGUUGGUGUGAAAAAGGGUUCCGAAGCCCGCAAGGGCAAGGGCAAGACCAAGAAGGAGGAGAGUGACUCGGAGGAUGAUGAUAGCGAGCAGUCCGACGCAGAGGGUGGUGCCAGCACAACGAGUAAGUCGACCGGUGGUGUGAGCCCGAAAAGCAAACCGAACAAGAAGAACUUACCGAAGAGGAAGCGACGAGGCUCUUAA